AUGUCAUCCACUAGUUCAAGCAUGAGUACUACAGAUAUAAUCGGUAUUGUGAUUGGAGGUGUCUUAGGUCUUGCUACAGUUAUUGGUCUUAUCAUUACUAUUGCUGCAGUGUGUUGUAAGAAAAAUAAUAAGUCACAAGUAUGGGCUCAACCUAAUCCAUAUGAAUCUAAUCCAUACCAACCACCAUAUGGUGCUCCUUAUGGUCAAUCGGCGAACACUGGUCAUUACCCACAACAAUUUCCUCAUCAACAACCACAACAACAAUCAUGGAAUCAACAAUCAACAGAUACUGAUCGACUUCCAACUUAUUCUGCUGUACAUGCUGGAAGUAGACAACUAUUUCAAUUAAAUGGUGCUAAUGUUCAAUUCCCUCAAUUGAAUAAUAAUAAACUCAUCAUAAUUAAAUUAAUUACUUUACCAUUUUCGUCAGUUGUUUCAUUAACAUUGUAUGAUCAAUAUGAUCAUGUAGUAACUAUUAAAAAUACAACUAAUCCAUUUGAAAUUCUUAUAACACGUAAAAUUAAUAGUCUGAGGUCACCAAUGAUUCGUCAAAAUGUAAGAUUAUUAUCAAAUAAUUUAAAAUUUAAAUUUAAAUUUUAUUAUAUUAAUUUAACACAAGCUUAA